CUCUUCGACAGCCUCACCACUCAACAGCACCUUACUCACUUCAUUUCAUGUCUCAUUGAUUGUACAGGGCCGAGGGUCAGAAAUCAACACUAUUUUAGCCCCUUUUCGGAAGCGACGUCGACCUCCACUGGCUUGAGAACAUAGUCCCCCACCUCGCCCUAGCCAUAAUCACCUUGAUUCUCUAUAAUACAACUCUCCCGAGUCUCGUCGCAAUGUCCAGUGCUCCAGGAAGACGGCGUAAUGGAGGACGAGCGAAUGCAGAUGAACGACAUGCAGAGAAUACUAUCUGGAGCAGCACACGAGAAUCUAUCCAAGGAGUAGCACAAUUUGAGAAGCGCGCCAAAGACCUGACUAUGCAGAUAUUCGCCCAGGAGGUGCGGAUGCAUGAAAUUCAAGCUUCAGGGAAAAGUAAGAAAAAUAUUUCAUGUAUUUUCGCUCUUCUAUGUCAAAUAAAAGCUUACGUUGUAUGGAUAGAACUUCCAAUUGAAGAGAUAGACGUCUUGGACGUCAUGUACCGAGAAAUGGUCGAGAUUGCAGACGACGAGAAAGCUGCCUUGGGAACGGCAGAGGAUAAAGAUAGUGCUUUGGGGAAGAUUGAUCUCCUCACCACAUUAACGAAACAUAACGAGGAAGAAGAGAAGAAGGAAAAGGCCUCCGUUUCACUCUCCCGUGGCUCCACGUCUCGCGAUUCGCAUAACAGAGCGGCUAUAGAUUAUGAUGGCCCAUCCGACUCUCCUGGUCCAUCCCCAGCGGACAACAGACAGGUUAGGAAAUUAGGAGGGGGAGGUGGUCCGGCUAGAACGGGAAGUCAACCACCUAGGAAUCUCGAUGUGAUUAUCCGAACUUCAGACAGCCAUUCCGAGACUGCCGAACGAAGCGGGAAUAAACCCAAGAUUGUGUAUGCGGUGAAUGAUGAAGUAGCCUUCAAGCGAAAAUCAGGCGAUGAGCACGAUUGGAUCCAAGGUGUAGUCACUCGAGUAAUCGGAGAGGGGAAAAGUCGACGCUACGAAGUCCGUGAUCCAUAUCCGGAUCCCAAUACCGUGGAAACGACAUACAAAUCCUCGGCCUCUCAAAUGGUUCCCAUACCUGUGGCAUCCGCACACUUGGGCGACUAUGAACCCGGCCGAAGAGUUUUGGCGCUUUAUCCUCAGACUUCGACUUUUUACCGAGCUGAUGUGAGGCGAAUGGUUGACGGGGGCGCUAAAGUCGAAUUAUUAUUUGAGGAAGAGAGGGAAGGGGAGCAAGAGAAGAUUGUUGCUCGUCGAUUUGUUUUGGAUCAUAGGGGGUGAUGAAACGAACCUUUUGGAAUAUCUAACUUACUUGUGUGGGGUUUGUGGAAACCCUGGAGGCUGAGAGAUGGCCAGCUCCGAAGCAUGACAUGAAUUGAGCAAGACAAUCGGAGGAGGAGGCGCCUCUAGCCUGCCGGAGAGCAGCGUAUGCGGAAUCAACAGCUCCGGCAAAGUCCAACCUAUCUUAUUCUUACUAUUUUGAGGGAUGUGUUGCUCUUUUAUUGAUAUGGAUGUUUGGAAGCAUUUAAGAAUCUGGGUUGAAAUACCCUAUUUCCGUAUAAAGGAAUGCGGAUGACAGAGAAGAAGGUUGGACGGGUGUUUGGAGGAUCCCACGAAAGCAAUCUGAUGGCGAAAUCUUGGUUGAUGGAACUUGGUACGCUAUCUAGGUAGCAGGAGACAGACGGAAGGAGCUAUUGGAGAUAUUAUGAGCUACAGAUAUUGUGGAGCCGAUAUUAGCACGGGUCUAGAGGUUGUUCGAAAUACCACUGUUGUGUGGGCAAUGGAGUAGAUAUGUAUCAUUAACAAGCUACUUUUCUAGGGUUGUUUUGUCCAUGUUGUGUAGCUUACGUGCAUAGGAGGUGAGAAACGGUAGUGUCGUUUAUGCCGU